UCUGGAGGAGUGAUUCUAGAAGAUUCUGUUGGAUUCUCCUCGCUAUGAUCACUGAGGAUCUGGACUACCACUAGCUCUGAUCAGACAGGAUGAAUGACAGACAGAGACCGGGAGGAGGAGUGCACACAGUGGAGGCAGACGUAAUCUUCCACCAUGCCGUCUGCUCCGACCUCCUCUCCUCCCCCUCGGAUGAGGAUGGGGGUGUCUGUCCCCUCCCACGGAAGCAGGAGGGGAACACCAAUGCUCCAGACCUGGGAUUCAUACUGGACGACCAGGGAUUCUGUCGACAGAGCACACCAGUUACAAAGGAGUACUUGUUGGAUGGUGGUACGGUGAUUGGGCAUCAUCACUUUGACCGUCCACAGGGUGAUGGAUCACACAUCUCAAAAACAGAUCAGCUUCACAUUACUGAUCUUUCUCAUCAAGCACAUACAUCUCACAUACCCACGCUUGAUGCUGGUAGAGACCAGAACUGUACUCAUGGCAGAAACGGUAUCAGUGAGGAUAUGAAUGGGGCGAGGGCCAAAGUGCCCUGCAGUGUGGGUCCCUCUCUGUACUUCAAGGGAGAGGCCAGAGAGGAAGCGGAAGGGUCUCUGUCCCUCUACAGAGAGAGCAUAGUGGGGAGUCAGUGUCACAUCACAAACGUCACCGCCUCCCCGGAGCAGGGGACCUCCGCGCCUGACACUCAUUGUAUCACCGCGGACAACCAGCCAACCAUACAAGAGCUGGAGCGCUUGUUUAGCCACAGCUCUGGCACAGAAUAUGACACAUUGUAUGGACAGUCAGGGCUUGAGUCGAACCAAGGACACAGGGGCAGUAGUGGCCAUGGUGGCGUCAGUAACACAACGCCUAAAGAGGAGCCGGAUUUAGUGAUUGAAGUCGGUGGCCAGAAAAUCAGUGUUCACAAGUCUGUUCUGGCAGAGAAGAGUGACUAUUUCAAGGCUCGUCAGUCGAGAGACAUCCUGAAAGUGAAAGGGCUGAAGUACAAGACCCUGACCAUCCUGAUAGACUAUAUCUACACCUCUCAGAUGAAUGUGCACAAGGACAAUGUGGUAGAGGUGAUCACAGGAGCUAAGAUCUUACAGAUCCCAUGUGCCCUCCAGGCUGCUAUGGAUACCAUCUCAGAGCAGGUCACAGCAGAGAACUGCUACGAGAUUCUAACUAUCGCCAAGAAGCAACGACUCAACGAACUGAAGGAGACGGCCUAUCGCUUCAUGAGUGACAAUUUCCUCCAGAUCCUGCGGGACCAAACGGUGUAUGGACAUCUGACUGGGUCGGAGAGGGAUCUGGUCCUGAAGAAGAGAAUGGAGGGGAAGAGGUCCCUGAUGGUCGCUGAAAUCAACGAUGUGUUCGACCGCGUCGGGAGCCGACCUCAGAGUCGCUGUAACAGUCGACCGCAGAGCCCUCUGUCCGUGGCAUCCUUCGAGGAGAACCACAUGAUUUACUACUUCAACGAGGCAGCCAAUGACUGGAAACCUCUGACUCUGAUGCCGGAGGACAUUAACACUAAGGGCUGUGGGAUCUGCACCUUGUACAACUACCUGUUUGUGGCCGGUGGGAUAAAGGGAUAUGGGGAUAAGGGCAAGGUCUCAGACAAGGUGUUCUGUUACAACCCCAUCACUAACCGCUGGAGCGAGGUUCGGCCGCUCAACCAGGCGCGGUCGCAGCUCAAGCUAGUGUCUAUGGAAGGUAACCUGUACGCCAUAGGAGGGGAGUGUUUGUUCACAGUUGAAAAGUAUGAUCCUCGGACUGACAGAUGGACCACAGUGGCUCCCUUACCCAAAGGGGCGUUUGCAGUGGCCCAUGAAGCUACCACCUGUAACGGAGAGCUCUAUGUUUCUGGAGGGUCUCUGUUCUACCGUCUCCUAAAAUACGACCCCAAGAGGGACGAGUGGCAGGAGUGCCCCUACAACAACAGCAGGAAGAAGUCAACCGACAUGGUGGCUCUGAAAAGCUUCAUCUACAGGUUUGACGUCAACCGCGACCAGGGGGUCAAUGUGUUCAAGUACAACACUAUAGUGAAAAUGUGGCACGACUGUGUGUCACAGCGACAGGGCACCCCUUUGCCGUUCCGGUGUGCCGUCAUCGGAAAUUGCAUCUAUUGUGUGAACAAGACUCAGAUUCUGCAGUUUGUAGUGGAGGAGGACGGCUCUUACUUUGUAGAGGAACCUCUGAGGCCACCACUGGAAGCUAAGGGCAUACUGUUCCCUUUCAUCCUCAGUCUGCCUGACAAGACUCAUGUGAUAUGACCGUGUACCAAUGACGCUACAUUACAGAAGCCCGUCAAUAGAAUAUAGUGGACCUUUAAAAUAUAAUGAACAUUUUUCAAUGUCAGCUUUACUUCCCCCCCCCCUGUCCAGUUUACCUGCUCGUAAUGGAAUGUGUUGUCUUUGCAUGGUCAGUGACAGUAUCUACAGGACAAGCCUUAACAAGGAUGACUUUAACAUGUUGAAUGAGUGCAACCAGAAAUGCAUCUGACUGUAAAUAAUGAGAUAAUGACACGUGCAGAUGUUUUUUUGUGUAUUCCCCUGUGUUCAGUUUGUAUUGUGCAUUUUUGUUUCAGCAGAUAGUUAGAAUAGAUAUUGUUUUUAAUUCUGUUGGCUGGCUGGUCUCUUUUAGACAAAAAUCUCACAUCAGAGGUGGAAUUGUCUGAGUGCAGGGGCAGUUAAAGUAUGUUCUGACUGACAUAGCUGGCAAGUCCUAUCUAAAUGAAACAAGCAAACACAUAAGCAGCUUCAUCUGGUACAGUACAAGGCCUGCUACUGUGGUGAUGUAUGCUCUGUAACAUGGCUCUAUGAAGAAACGGUGGGGAGGGGAAAUAACAUUCACACAGCACCAAGGCCCGAUAUCAGAACUGCCUUUGACAUUACUUCACAAGGCCAUUGAACAGAAGGAGGAAAUUAGCCACAUACUGUAUAUAUUCUACAAUAAUGCUAUUCUACCAUUAUAGAUAAUCAAGGGAUAAUGUUGAAGAGCACAAUGCACUUAUUAGUGAAUUAGGUUCAGAACCAGUACCCACCUGUUCAUUCAGAACCAGUACCCACCUAUUCAUUCAGAACCAGUACCCACCUGUUCAUUCAGAACCAGUACCCACCUAUUCAUUCAGAACCAGUACCCACCUGUUCAUUCAGAACCAGUACCCACCUGUUCAUUCAGAACCAGUACCCACCUAUUCAUUCAGAACCAGUACCCACCUGUUCAUUCAGAACCAGUACCCACCUGUUCAUUCAGAACCAGUACCCACCUAUUCAUUCAGAACCAGUACCCACCUGUUCAUUCAGAACCAGUACCCACCUGUUCAUUCAGAACCUGUUCAUUCAGAACCAGUACCCACCUGUUCAUUCAGAACCAGUACCCACCUGUUCAUUCAGAACCAGUACCCACCUGUUCAUUCAGAACCAGUACCCACCUGUUCAUUCAGAACCAAUAACCAGCCUUGCAAGUUUCAAAGACAACACUCUACAUACAGUUGAGUUUCAAUACACUACAAACAUUGUUUUGUGGUGUACAUGAAUCCGAAGGUGAAUUCUUGCAGCACAAGAAGAGGUGUUUUUUGACUGAUCUUUGGGAUCGUGUUAGGUUACUAGGUUUGAUUGAAACGGGUCUUAGGUGUGCAAAGAUGUUUACAGAAUACAGGAUUGAGUCCGUAUAGAUAUGAGGGACAAUUCUUACUGCACACUGUUCACUCUUAGGGGCCUGGUCCUUGACUAUCACAUUUGCCAAAGACAAAAUAGUCUGGUAUUGUCUCAUAUAGUCUGAUAAUAACACAGCAAACCCUUUCAGACGUUUCAGUAAAUAAAUCUAUAGUAAAUAUAUUUGGGUGAUUAAUAUCCUAAAUCCCCAAAAUGUGACCUCUACAACACUAAGCAAUAGUAUUAGCAGCAAUGUAUCAAUGUUGCCGUGAUACAAGGGCACCACACUUGCUGCUAAAAUAUUCUUUAACAUUCUUCAGAGAAGUGAGGAGUCAUUUCUCCUAUGCAGGACAGGAGAAUUUGUCCUUGUCCUGCCGAUAAUGAAAACGCUAUUAUGUUGUCAUCUCCCACAAGUAUUUGAUGAGCCAGCCAGAAAGACUGUGACUAGCAUACAUAGUAUGCAUUUUCGGAUACUGUUGAACUGCCUCACAAGUACUUGACUAUUUCAGUAUAAUUUAUGCUAGCCAUGGCCUGUCAGUUUUAUUCCAUCCAUUUAUAAUGCAUAAUCAUCUCACCCACACAGUGUUUAGUAGGAAGCACACUUUUCAUCAACUUUAGCUCAAUGUUCAUCUGUUCUGCUAAGGUAUGCCAAAUCCUUAUUGCACUUUAAUACAAUAUUGGAGCUGGUCAAAUAGCACUCUUUCUUAGAAAUUAGACCUAUUUGUUUAGUUUUUGCAAUAAUACAUCAAUGGGAGUUUUAUUAAUCUGUGGGAUUUUAUUCAGUGAGCAAAAUGCAACUAUCACAUUUUAACAGUAUCUCCGAGAGGCAGUUGUAACUGUUGUGACAGAGUGGAUGUGGUUGGAUUUAUUAGUUUGGUAUUUUACUGGCUGGCGUCAGUGUGUAGUGAAGCUCUUAUGGCCUGUUGGCUUUGGACAUAAUAUUGCAAUGAUGAAUGGCUUAAAGUACAGUGUUGGUUGAAGGCUUUCUUGCUGUUAAUGGCAUAUAAUAAGUAACAGCUAAAAAACUAACUGUUUUAAUGAUGUAUUUCAGUCGAAACUAAGUGCUGC